AUGUUUUAUUCUAAAUAUAUUCGUUUUCUUAAGGUACAAACCGGUGGAGGCGGCACUGGCGAAUUUUGGGCUCAUUCACACUGGAACCUGCCUACACCUCCAGAUAUUGUAACAUUCUCAAAGAAACUCAUUACUGGUGGAUAUUUCUAUGGAGAACAUAUGCGCGUAAAAGAGGCUUAUCGAAUUUACAACACGUGGAUGGGAGAUCCAUCGAAACUAUUUCUGCUUCAAAAAGUCAUCGAGGUCAUUAAAAGGGAUAAUCUUGUAGAAAAAACGAAGGAAGUUGGAAAAUAUUUCCAGCAAGAGUUGAAUCGACUUCAGAGGGAUAAUCUUGUAGAGAAAACCAAGGAAGUUGGGAAAUACUUUCAACAAGAGUUGAAUCGGCUUCAGGUGAGAAAAUAUAGCACAAAUCACUGGCACGAUGCCAAAGAAAAACCAUUUCAGUCAGCACAUUCUUCAAUAUUCGCUCAAGCACGUGGUAUGGGAACAUUUGCUGCCAUAGAUCUUCCCGAUGCUGGAAUUAGAGAUUUAUUUGUGACAAAGGCAAUCGAUUCCGGAUUGCACUGUGGAGGAUGCGGUGAAAAAUCAGUACGUUUCCGGCCGGCACUCAUUUAUGGAAAGAAGCACGCCGAAAUCACUUUUGACAUUCUGGAAAAAGCUGUCAAACAGAUCUAA